AUGGAGAGUACCGACUGGAAUGUGAAGAAGGGCGACAACGCUACGCGCUUUAGCUACGUAUGGUUGUACAAGCAUGUGAUCAAACGCGAUUUGAACGCCAUGAGCACGAGCGUAGCUACCACAGUGCGCUCGAUCGCGAAUCUAUAA